AUGAGUACAAUGUCAAUACAAGAAAACGACAAUGAACGUCAAGUCGAUAAGGACACUUUGCAAUUACUCAACCUUAAGAUAGACAACAAUCUUGAUGAAUACAUUAUAUUAAUUAUAGGUAUUGAUUAUGAUCAUCAUUUAUCCGAAAAUCUUUCACGAAUUAUCAAUGAACAAUCUAUAAAAUGGUUCAAUGAUAUUGAAACAAGUCUUUCAUUUAUUCAUUCUGUACAGAAUAUAAACAUUUUCAUAAUUAUAUCUGGCAAACUCGGAAGAGAUUAUGCUCAGAAAUGUCUUAUUGAUAAAAAAAUUGUUGGUCUUUAUGUGUAUUGUAUGAAUGAAGAUAAGCAUAGAAUAUGGACAAAAGGAAUUAAUAAGAUACGAUGUACUGUUUCGGACGCAACAAAAUUGUUUAUUCAAAUUCAUCGUGAUAUUAAAGAGCUGAGUGGACGAUGGCCAAUUAAUGAAAAAUCAUUUGAAAAAGCUACAACAUCUACUUCUGAAUGGUAUAAUUUAUUUCUUCUACUUAUCUGCUAUCGAUCUGAAUCUAUUAAAGAAUCUUAUAUGGAAAUGUUCAAUGAAUGCCGCGCAUACUAUCAGAACAAUCCUAGUAUGAUUAAACAAAUCGACCAAUUUCAACAAACUUACAAAUCUAAUAAUGCCAUACAUGAAUAUACACGAGAUACUUUUUUAUAUCGUAUUGUCAAUCAUGCUUUACGUACAAGAAAUAUAAAAAUUAUCAGAAAAUUUAGUCCUUUUAUCAGAGAUUUACAUUCUCAAUUACAUAACUAUCAUCAAAAAUAUUAUAAGUUCAAAAAAGAUUAUAUUCGAGCCGUGUAUCGAGGACAACAUUUGAGUGUAGAUCAAAUCGAAUAUCUUAGAUUGGUUUCGAAAUCAAAUAAUCCUUUCAUAACAAUGACUACAGUUAGUUCGGCAUCGCUUGAUCCUGAUGUUGCAUUGAACUUUGCAUAUUCUGUAGACGGGAGGAUUUCUUGUCUGUUUGAAAUUAUUAUACCCGAUCGCUACAAUGUAGGUCAAGAGUACCUAUCUGAUGAUGAGCAAGUGUUCGCAAAUAUUGCUUCACUAUCUGUCAUGCCAGAUGAACAAGAAGUACUCUUUUCUCUUACUACACGAUAUUAUGUAAAACAUGUUGGAUAUCCAAUUAAUCAAUCUAAUUGUACUUGGGUACCAAUUGUGCUCAAACUUAUCAGCAUAACAGAGACAGGAAGGCAUUACAAUUAUUUUGAUAUGAUCAAAUGGAUUGAAAAUGAAAAAGAUCCUCAAAUUUAUGCUGAUAUUUUACAUAUGAUACAAAUUAAUGUUGAAGAUGAAAUUAAAUUUCAGAGUACAAAUUGGCAAAAUUGGUGGAAUAAUUUAAAACGUCAUUCGGGGCAAGGUCUUCUAGAUAAACAGCCAUUACAUCUUAUAUUCUACGAUUGUUUUACCGAAGAUAUUAAAUGGUCAAGAAAAGCAAUUCAACUGCACAAAGAUAUUCUACAUUCUACUCCUUCAAUACAGUUAAACUCUUCAUCUUUUUCAGAAUUAUUUCGUAUAUUCAAGAUUUGGCAACAACGUCCUACAAUACAGAUUGCUAUAUAUGAAGAUUAUUUAAAACAAUUCUGUAUCAUAGAUACGGAAGAAGUGAUUAAAUGUCUUUGCUUAGCUGGGGAUGCUUAUAAAAGGAUUACUGAUAAUAAAUGUGCAUUGGAAUGUUAUCAAAAAGUAUUGAAUAUGAAUGUGGACGAUAAAUAUAGAAUGAAUAAUAAAAUACAAAAACAAAUAAAUACGUUACAAAAGUCACCUAAUACAAUUCGCACGACGAAUAAUACUGAACGCAGAUUAGUGAAAAAUAAUUCUAAUCAAGAAUAUUUAGAACUAUAUGAAACACAACAAGAUCUAUGGUUACUUUAUCCAGUUAUCAAGAGUAAAGUUGGUGACAAAAUUUCUAUAGAAGCACGUUUGAAACAACUGUUCAAUUAUAUUCAACUACGUGAGAGUUGGUAUGAUAUGGUUGAGUCGAAAAUUUGUCUUCGAUUACCAUACGAAAAUACUACGGAUUUAUCGGUUAAUGAUUAUCGAUACAAUUUUUUAUCUGCUGUACAUACACAUAUAUCAUCAAAAAAUUCAAUAAUGGACGCAACUAACAAUAAUUCUUUAUCUCUCUGGCGUUAUACAAAGUAUAUGUAUGAAUGGAUGUUAUGCAAAGAAUUAGAAAGAUUUUUACAAUAUUUUCAAAAAAGAUCAAAAUAUAUUUGCUGUUUCAUUCUCCCUCAACUUGAACGAAUUAUAAAAAAACUUCAUGUGAUUAUCACUAUAUGCACAAUCUAUAUAACUAUUAAAGUAGGUCAACAUUAUGUUAACGUCAACAAUAUUCAAUUCUUAAAUAAGACAAAUCCAGAAAUGCGACAUCCCAUUUAUAUCGAUCUUCGUAAUAGCGAUCUACUAACUGACCUUACACUAUUUGAAGACAAAAAUCUACCGACUGAAGAAACCACGAACACUAUUCCAGAUCAUAUGAGACUCAUUUCAAGGGCAUUCAUCGAGUUUAUGGAAGGUUUGUCGUGA